CUCUUGGCCACGGCUAGCCUGCGCGAGGCGGACAAUAGCUCCCCUCGCGCCGCCGCCGCCGCCGCUCCGCGUGCUAGUUGUAAACCCCGCUGCCCACGCCCAGCCCCGCGGGGUCACAGCACAGAGGCCGAGGGGGCGCGCAGGCGCAGAGCGCGCCUGGGCGUCCAACAUGGCUGAGGUGCUGCUGUUGGUGCUUCUCUUGCUGGAGCAGAGGGCAGGAUGCUGAGUUCCCCAGCAGCAGCAGCAGCCGCCGCCGCCUCGACAGUGGCAGUGGCAGUGGCAGUGGCAGGGGCGGUGGGGGCUGAGGCAGGCUCUUCUCAGCCAUGGCUAGGCUGGCUGACUAUUUCAUUGUGGUGGGCUAUGACCAUGAGAAGACAGGCUCAGAAGGUUGGGGAAAAUAAUUCAGAGGUUUCCUCAGAAGAUUGGGAUGACACUCCCUUUCCGCAGGGAAUAGAGUUGUUUUGUCAGCCUGCAGGAUGGCAGUUGUGCAGAGAAAGAAAGCAGCCUACGUUCUUCGUGGUGGUUUUGACCGAUAUAGACUCAGAACGGCACUACUGUUCAUGCUUAACUUUCUGUGAAGCGGAGAUCAACUUGCAGGGAACAAAAGAGACUGAAGGUGAAGAGGAGGAGUCUGGUUUAAUUCAGCCUGCUGAAGUAUUUGCUCCCAAAAGCCUGGUGUUGGUAUCCAGACUAGAUUAUCCAGAAAUUUUCAGGGCUUGCCUUGGCUUGAUCUACACUGUGCAUGUGGACAGCCUGAGUGUGUCCUUGGAGAGUCUCAUUGCAAAUCUCUGUUCAUGCCUUGUCCCUGCGGUUGGAGGCUCUCAGAAAUUGUUUUCGUUGGGAGCAGGAGACAGACAACUGAUACAAACCCCUUUACAUGAUAGCCUUCCUGUUACCAGUACCAGUGUGGCUCUUCUUUUUCAGCAAUUGGGAAUCCAAAAUGUUCUGAGCUUGUUCUGUGCGGUCCUUACAGAAAAUAAGGUUCUCUUUCACUCUGCAAGUUUUCAGAGGCUCAGUGAUGCCUGUAGAGCACUGGAGUCCUUAAUGUUUCCUCUCAAAUAUAGUUAUCCCUAUAUUCCAAUUCUACCUGCACAGCUGCUAGAAGUUCUCAGUUCACCAACACCGUUCAUUAUUGGUGUACAUUCCAUCUUUUGUGCUGACAUUCAUGAGCUUUUGGAUGUAAUUAUAGCAGACCUGGAUGGAGGAACAAUUAAAAUUCCUGAAUGUAUUCAUCUAUCUCAGCUCCCAGAGCCACUGCUACAUCAAACUCAAACAGCUCUUUCUUUAGUUUUACACCCCGAUUUGGAAACGGCAGAUUAUGCAUUCCCUCCACCACGAACGGCUUCAUCACACUCAAAAAUGCUGGAUAAAGAAGUACGGGCAAUUUUCCUUAGAUUGUUCGCACAACUUUUCCAAGGAUAUCGGUCAUGCCUUCAGCUGAUCAGAAUUCAUGCUGAGCCAGUUAUACAUUUUCACAAGGCGGCCUUUUUGGGCCAGCGAGGCUUGAUAGAGAAUGACUUUCUAACCAAAAUUCUCAAUGGAAUGGCAUUUGCUGGUUUUGUAUCUGAGCGAGGUCCUCCCUACAGAUCCUGUGAUCUCUUUGAUGAGUUGGUAGCUUUUGAAGUGGAAAGAAUUAAAGCUGAGGAAGGUAAUCCACCAAAAAUGAUGAAGCACGUCAGAGAGCUUGCAGAACAGUUGUUCAAAAACGAGAAUCCAAAUCCUCACAUGGCAUUCCAGAAAGUUCCACGGCCCACUGAGGGAUCCCAUUUACGAGUUCAUAUCCUUCCUUUCCCCAAAAUUAAUGACAGCCGGGUUCAGGAACUAAUUCAAGAAGGCCUGGCUAAGAACCAAAGUGCGCCACCUGCUGCUUGGGUAGAAAAAAAGUGUGUGGUUCCUCCUGGUCCGCCUGUUGUUUCCAUAAUGGAAAAGACCAGUACAGUUUUCAACAGUGCACAGAGGCUGGAAGUUGUUAGAAAUUGCAUCUCAUUCAUAUUUGAAAAUAAAAUUUUGGAGACUGAAAAGACUCUGCCCGCUGCAUUGAGGGCACUAAAAGGAAAGGCAGCUCGACAGUGCCUGACACAGGAGCUGUGCCUGCGUGUUCAGCAAAAUCGGGCAAUACUGGACCACCAGCAGUUUGAUUACAUAGUGCGGAUGAUGAACUGUACCUUACAGGAUUGUUCAACUUCAGAAGAGUACAGCAUUGCUGCAGCAUUACUGCCCCUGACAACUGCAUUCUACAGAAAACUGGCACCUGGAGUUAGUCAGUUUGCUUACACCUGUGUACAAGACCACUCUAUAUGGGCCAACCAACAGUUUUGGGAAACCACAUUUUAUAGUGAUGUGCAAAAUCAAGUUCGUUCCCUGUAUCUCACAGCUAGGGAAGACAAUCAUACAAUACGUUCAAAACAAAAGGAGAAAAAUUCUGUAGGUUUGGACCAGGAGAAAACAGCCAUGGACCUGGCUGCUGAGCAGUUGCGUUUAUGGCCAACACUCAAUAAAGAAACUCAGCAGGAGCUAAUACAGAAUGAGGAAAGUACAGUUUUCAGUCAGGCAAUUCAUUUUGCUAAUCUCAUGGUCUACCUGCUAGUGCCACUGGAUACAAGUAAAAACAAACUAUUGAGAACAUCAGCUACAGGAGACUGGGAGAGUGGAAGCAACAGCAUUGUCACAAAUAGUAUUGCCGGCAGUGUUGCAGAGAGCUAUGACACCGAAAGUGGAUUUGAAGACUCUGAGAACAAUGAUAUUGCCAAUGCAGUUGUGCGCUUCAUCACCAGGUUUAUAGACAAAGUUUGUACAGAGAGUGGAGUUACACAGGAUCACAUCAAGAGCCUUCAUUGCAUGAUACCAGGGAUUGUAGCAAUGCACAUUGAGACUCUGGAGGCCGUCCAUCGAGAGAGUAGAAGGCUACCACCAAUACAGAAGCCUAAGAUUCUGCGACCAGCUUUGCUGCCAGGAGAAGAGUUUGUGUGUGAAGGUCUCCGUGUGCUGCUGGAUCCUGAUGGGAGAGAGGAAGCAACAGGAGGAUUGCUCGGAGGUCCCCACAUUCUCCCAGCUGAAGGAGCCUUGUUCCUUACCACAUACAGAAUUAUAUUUAAAGGCACUCCUCAUGAUCAACUAGCUGGAGAACAGACAGUGAUCCGGAGCUUUCCCAUUGCAUCUAUUAUGAAGGAGAAGAAGAUUACUAUACAGAACCAGCUGCAACAGAAUAUGCAGGAAGGACUUCAGAUCACCUCAGCAUCAUUUCAGUUAAUUAAAGUAGCAUUUGAUGAGGAAGUAAGUCGUGAAGUGGUAGAAAUAUUUAGGAAACAGCUAAUGAAGUUCCGUUAUCCCCAGUCAAUUUUUAGCACCUUUGCUUUUGCAGCUGGGCAAACUGUACCACAGAUAAUCUUGCCAAAGCAAAAAGAAAAAAACACUUCCUUUCGCACCUUCUCAAAAACAAUUGUGAAAGGAGCCAAACGUGCAGGGAAGAUGACAAUUGGUCGUCAAUAUUUAUUAAAGAAGAAGACAGGCACAAUAGUGGAAGAAAGAGGGAAUCGUCCAGGCUGGAAUGAAGAAGAUGAUAUCUCUGUUUCAGAUGACAGUGAAUUGCACACAAGUGGUACUUUGAGAGCCUCAGAAAAGUCAACAAUGGAGCAGUUAGUAGAGAGAGCCUGUUUUAGAGACUAUCAGCGUUUGGGACUGGGGACCAUCAGUAGUAGCUCUUCUCGCUCAAAAACCGAAUACUUCCGAAUAACUGCAUUGAACAGGAUGUAUUCACUUUGCAGAAGCUAUCCUGGACUUUUGGUAGUACCUCAGUCUGUGCAGGAUAGCAGUUUGCAGAGGGUAGCUCGUUGUUAUCGUCACAAUCGCCUGCCAGUUGUCUGCUGGAAAAACUCAAAAAUCAGUACUCUGCUGCUAAGAGCUGGGGGCUUCCAUGGAAAGGGAGUUGUCGGCCUCUUUAAAUCUCAAAACACACAUACUGCAGUUCCUCCUAAUUUAGAAUCUUCAAGCAGCAUAGAACAGGAGAAAUAUCUGCAAGCCUUACUGAAUGCAAUUUCCAUCCACAGUAAAAUGAAUGGCAGUAAUACUCUCACUGUAAGACCAACAAUUGCUUUGUCUCCAGGCACUGAAAGGAGGGCUUCAAGAAUGUCCACUGUGGUUAAGCAGGUAGUGCCAGGACAUUUGGAUGUAAAUCUAUCCAAUAGCUUUGCUCGAGGAGUGCUUGGGUACAGAGAUAAAUGUUUCACUCACUCAAAUUCCAAAUCAGGAGCUAAGGGAAGAGUCUAUCAAGGUGUAUGGGCAAGUCUUCGUUCUAGCAAUCGAUUUAUCAGCACUCAAGCGCCAUUCAUUGAUGUCGGUGCAAGACUAGCAGGGAAAGAUAACACAACAUCAUACAAUAACAGUUCAUUUUUGCAAAACCAGCUUCUGAAACGCCAAGCUGCCCUCUACAUAUUUGGAGAAAAAUCUCAGUUAAGGGGCUUCAAACUUGAUUUUGCUUUGAAUUGUGAAUUUGUUGCUGUUGAGUUCAGUGACAUCCGACAGGUGAAAACUAGUUUUAAAAAGAUGAUGAGGGUUUGUGUUCCCAGUACUAUUCCUACAGAUUCUGAAGUAACGUUCCUUAAGGCACUUGGUGAAUCAGAGUGGUUCCCAAAGCUUCACAGGAUAAUGCAAUUGGGAGUGCUCAUAUCAGAGCUCCUUGAGAAUGGUUCUUCAGUUAUGGUUUGUUUGGAAGAUGGUUGGGAUAUUACUGCACAGGUGGUGUCUCUAGUGCAAUUACUCAGUGAUCCAUUCUACAGGACACUUGAAGGCUUCCGAAUGUUAGUGGAAAAAGAGUGGCUCUCUUUUGGUCAUAAGUUCAAUCAGCGUAGUAAUGUGACCCUCAAUUGUCAGGGUAGUGGAUUUGCUCCCAUUUUCUUACAGUUCCUGGACUGUGUGCACCAGAUUCACAACCAGUAUCCAACAGAGUUUGAAUUCAAUCAGUAUUUCCUGAAGUUCUUAGCUUUCCACUACGUUUCAAAUAGAUUUAAAACAUUUCUUCUGGAUUCAGACUAUGAAAGACUAGAACAUGGGACAUUGUUUGAAGAUAAAGGAGACAGACAUGCCAAAAAGGGAAUCUGUAUUUGGGAAUGUAUUGAAAAAAUGCACAAAAGGAGCCCAAUUUUCUUCAAUUACCUAUAUGCACCUGUUGAAACAGAGGCAUUAAAACCAAGUGUAAAUAUGUCCAGCCUGAAAACUUGGGAUUAUUAUAUGGAAGAGACCUUGGCCACAGGUCCUUCCUAUGAUUGGACCAUGAUUACUGCAAAAUGCAACACUUCAGAGGAAGCUGACCAAAUGGAUGGUUCAUUUCGCCAAAGUAAGAGGAAAAUAGUGUGGCCAUGCUAUGAUGAUGUUAGCAAAGUGCAACCUGAUGCAAUCACCAGCCUCUUAAAUGAAAUCGAAAGACUGGAGAAUAAAUUAAAUCAGAGCCCAGAAAAGUGGCAGCUCUUGUGGGAAAGGGUCACCGUGAAUCUUAAAGAUGACACAAGACAAGACAAUCCACGAAGACAUCCUUCUGGCUCAUCAGGGAUAAUGUCUACUAAUCCACAUUCCUAUCAGAAGAGGUCUUUGCUGCAUUUACCUGACAGUGGUCUGGGUGAAGAACAGAGUGCCAGCAUCUCUCCCUCUAAUGGAGUGGACAGACGAGCAACCACACUAUACAAUCAGUUCACAUCGAAGAAUGAUGAGAAUAGGUCUUUUGAAGGUACACUGUACAAAAGAGGAGCUUUGUUAAAAGGUUGGAAACCUCGCUGGUUUGUACUGGAUGUGACAAAACACCAGCUGAGAUAUUAUGACUCUAGUGAGGACACAAGCUGUAAGGGACACAUUGAUCUUGCAGAAGUCGAAACAGUGAUUCCUGCAUCUCCAACAAUUGGUGCACCAAAGCAUGCUAGUGAAAAAGCAUUUUUUGAUCUAAAGACAAGUAAACGUGUAUAUAAUUUCUGUGCCCAAGAUACACAGAGCGCACAGCAAUGGAUGGAUAGGAUCCAGAGCUGUAUUUCAGAUGCAUAACGGAGAAUACCAUUCCACUGCCAACUGCAGAAAAGAAAUGCUUUCAGCACUUCAUGUUGCAAGAAGAUACAUUUUGAAAUGCUAUUACAGAACAAGCAACCUUCCUUUUAUUUCAGUCAAAUACUUAUUAUAUGCUGAACCAUCUUCUCUGUUUAAGUAUUAUAACCACUAUACCUACUCCUUUUCUCCCACUAGGAGGACUUUUCAAUAUGAUUCCUAGCUAAAUGAGCCUGCUGUACACACUGAAAUAUGCUACCAUCUAAUACUGUUUUUCUAAUCAGAGUUUCAUCAGAAAAACUGUUGACCUUGAAUUGUGGACAUUUUUCCUCAAAUAGUGUUCUGUUUUCACCUAGUUUUAAUAUUAAAACAAAAUGGUCCAUAUUUUCAAGCUAGUUAUGUAUCUGGAAGAACAUUUCUACAGUUUUCAAGAAAAGUUUAGGUUUGUGAAUUCAGUGACAUGCAUAACAGAUUGGCAGAUGUCACUUAAUAUUUUUAAAGACCAAAA